GCUGCUGCAAAGUACCUACGGCAGGAGAAGGGGAAGGUUAGACAGGAGGCCAGUAUUCUCAGGAAACUGAUUCAGUCUGCCAUGGUGGUUCAGUUACUGGGCUUAUAUGAGAGCUCUCUUCAGAGUGUCCUGGUUACAGAAUACCUUUCAGGAGGAGACCUUGUUACAAGAACUGCCAGUGAUGAUUUUACAUUGACAGAACGGAAAUGCCAGAUAUUCAUGAGACAGGUUGUCCGAGGUAUUCAGUUUAUCCACAGUAAACGGAUAAUACAUCUGGAUCUUAAACCCUUCAAUAUCAUCUUUGCAAACCCGAACGAUGAUUAUAAUCUCAGGAUAAUAGAUUUUGGAUUAGCGGAACAGUUACCGGGAUGGGAUACCAAAAUAAAGAUGAAAAUGUGCGGGACCCUGGAAUAUAUGAGCCCGGAGGUGAUGGAUUGCAAGUUUGCCUGCCCAGCUAGUGACAUGUGGGGAAUAGGUGUUAUCAGUUAUCUCCUUGUCUCGGGUGGAUUAUCCCCAUUUUGGGCUGGAAAUAGAUAUAGAACAAUGGCCAAAACCCUCAGCUGUGAAUAUUCAUUUGACGCUCAAAACUUUAAUAAUAUUUCACAGAACGCCAAAGAUUUUAUCUCUUCACUCCUAGUUCUAGACCCAGAGGAGAGAAUGACAGCUUCAGACUGUUUAGCACAUCCCUGGUUGACAGAUAACAGGGUUUAUGUUGAAGUCCUGCAUACACUAGAAACUGCCUGGAUGAAAGGAAUCCUCGCCAGACGGCGUUGGCAUCGCUGGUAUCACGCCAUUGUUGCCAUGAACAGAAUGCGUAAAAUGUCAGCAGACAACAGAUGACGCAAUUCCCCGCGUCACAAACCUGACGCGGAUCAAUCCCAAACCAAUGGACAUUCAGGACUGUAUACUUCAUCCCGCCAUUUUACCUCAGCCAUUACGCGACAGCUGUCUCUAUUAAGAGAAAGCUGGUCCCGCCAUUUUGAAACGCUUUCUGAGCGUUAUCACAGUAAACAUACUUGCGAAGAAGUUGAGGGUAACCAGCAUUGACUCGAAUCAAAUAUAUAUUUCAGCAGAUGAUGUUUUGAAAUGUUUAAGAACAACAAAUUUUAGGCAUGGUGAUUGGUGUUCUAUCAACGGUUCGGAGAAGUGAAAAAAUCGAAUGAAAAUACUUUCUGAUAAAACUCUCUUUAUCUACUUAAUAUUUAAUGUUUUUAAUAUUCUCAUUUUCUCAUUGUUAAAUAUUGUUAAUUUAACUUCAAUAUGAUCUAUACUUAAACUUAGAAAGCUUUCGAACUUAAGUUAAGUAUUUUCAAGUUGCCAAAUUUUGCUGUUUUAAUAUUUGUCUAACGUUAUACAAUAUUAUACAUACUGUCCUAUAUUUUGAAUAUUCCCUAUCAAUUUUAUUAAUAUGUUUAAAUAUGUUAUAUAUGUUACUCGUUCGUGCAGCUGUGUAAACCUGUGAAAACUAUGUGAUAUGUUGUACUUAAAAA